GUUGGCGCUGGCGUCGGGCGACUCGAAAUCUUGGAACAAUGUUAGCGAAAACAUGACAGCGAGACCUCUUGCCUGCCGCUCACGGCGUCUUCGCUCGACCGCCACUUUAUCAUUGCACAUAGCCGCUUCGCUCGCUACGCAUUUGCCAUUGACACUCUACAGCCCUUCUCCAUCAAUAGAGCUCUGUUCUAACGCAAGAAAUCGACUGAUCUGUUCGACGGAAUCACCUCUACGAUUACCUGUACGAUGGACGAACGAGAACGAACAAAUUAUUGUCAAUGUAUUCGUUCAACUACGAUGUCAUUGAGUCUACCUGUGCUUUUCUGGCACGUACUUAUAGAGGAACGCACUGAACUCGAUCGUGAUGGGAUAACGAGACGCGCAUCCGCGACUGAUCCCUUUCAACUCAAUCGGAUCGGAUCCGUAACAUGAACGGUUUUUACCUCGUUACUACCAUCAGCUCCCAGUUUAAACAACACG